AUGCCAAUAGCUAGAGAUCGUGUUGAACAAUUACAAGUACAAAAAUUAAUUUAUGCCGUACGAACAGAAGAUAUUGAACAAGUACAAAAAUUAUGUGAAAAAGGUGUUGAACAUCUUGUAAAUUAUAAUGAUCCACAAAAUGGAAUGACUGCAUUGAUAGCGGCUGUAACACAAAAUAAGGAAAAAAUGAUACAAUUUUUAUUACAACUUGGUGCUCAUCCAGAUGUGAUUGAUUUUUCUGGUCGUACAGCUGUUAUGCAUGCUGCUGAAUAUGGUCAUAUAAAUGCUUUACAAUUAUUACGUGAUGCUAAAGCUAAUCCAAAAAUUCAAGAUCUUGAAGGACGAGAUGCAAUUUAUUAUUGUUUUACGGAAUCAACACAACGUCAUAAAGCAUGUUUAAAAUUAUUAAUUGAAAUGGGUGCUGAUGUUAAUAAUCGUGCACGUAAUGGUAUGCCAAAUUUAGUACAUGCUUGUUUAAAAUCUGAUGAACAAGAAGAUUUUUGUAUUGAUCUUAUUCGAGCUGGAGCUAAUGUUCAACUUGUUGAUGAAAAAACAAAACGUACAGCUUUACAUAAUGCUUGUUUAUCAGGAAAUGCAAAAGUUGUACGAGAACUUUUACGUGCAAAAGCUGAUCCAAAUGCUUUAGAUCAUAAACAAUCAACACCUGCUCAUGAAGCAGCAAAAGGUGGUCAUUUUGAGGCUAUUCAAGUUUUAUCGGCUUAUGGUGCUAAAUUUGAUGUAUAUGAUGUACUUGGUAAUAAUCCAAUUCAUUAUGGUGCAUCAUCAAAUGCUGGUACUGCAAUUCGAUUUUUGGGUCAACGAGGUUGUAAUCCAAAAACUAAAAAUCUCGAAGGACUUAUACCAAAAAAGAUUGCCGAUCAAAAUAAAGCAAAAGAUGCAAAAAAAAAUAUGCGAAAAGCAGAAAAAGGUUACAAUGAUAUGACAGCAAAUUUACGUCCAGAUGAAUUUCGUGAUUGGAAAUUAAUGCUUUAUGAUUAUGUAUAUGAAAAUCAAGAACAACUUGAAAAAUUAUUUGAAGAACUUGAUGUUGCUGAACCAAAAACGGGUGUUAUACCAACAGAUGGUUUUAAAAAAAUUGUUGAAGAUGAAACUUAUCUUUCAUUUCUUAAACCAGAUGAUAUUAAAGAUAUUUGUGAAAAACAUGAAAAAGAACGAAAUGAAUUUGAUUAUAAAGCAUUUUUAACUGGAAAAAAAUAUUUAACAAAACCUUAUUUAAUGGCUGCAUUUGCAGGAAAAAAGAAAAAAAAGAAGAAACCAAAAAAAGCCAAAAAACAAAAAGGUGCUUUACCAAUUGCUAUUCAAGAUGAAGGUCCUCGAACAGCAAAUGGUAAUCCACCAAUAAUUUAUGCACCACAACAUAUUCAUCAUACAGAUAAUACAAGAUUUUCAAGAGAUAAUUUACCGAAAAAUCCAUUAGAAGAUGAUUCACCAUGGUAUUUAGAUAAACCUGAUAAAGGUUAUGUUAAUUUAUGUGAUGCUGCAUAUCGAGGUGAUUUACAAACAUUAUUGGAUGCAUUUAAACGAGGCACAUCAGUAGAUAUAACAGACAAAUUUAUGAAAACACCAUUAAUGGUGGCAUGCGCUCAUGGUGAUUUAAAAACAGUUCAAUUUCUUCUCACAUGCGGAGCUGAUGUUAAUAAAAUAGAUAAUUUUAAAUGGACACCACUUCAUCAUGCUGCACAUAGUGGUAUUCUUGAUGUUGUUCAAGCCAUUGUCGAAGCUGGUGGAUCAAUAAAUGCUGAAUCAAUAACAAAAGCAACACCAUUAAUGCGUGCUAUUGAAUGUUCAUCAUUUCCAGUUUGCGAAUAUCUUAUUAAUAAAGGUGCUAAAGUUACACAUGAAAAUAUAUCCGGUUUAGAACCAUUAACAGUUGCUGCUGAAUUUGCUGAUCCACGUAUAUAUCAUUUAAUUAAUGAAAAAGUUAAUGCUACCGGUGGUAAUAAACCUAAAAGUGGUACAAGAAAAAAAAGUGGAUCAGCAUCAGCAAAGAAACGACAACACUCAGCAGCAAAAACUACCAAACCAGAUGCACAAGCAACAACUGUUCAACAAACAGCAACUACUCAACAACCACGACGUGGUUCUUUAUUACGUGCUGCUGCUGAAUUAGCUAAAUCAUUUGAAAAUACAGAAUCAAUUGCUUUUCAUCCAAAAACAAAAUGGACAGAUUUACCAACAACAAAAGAACUUAUGCAAGAAAAAGCUGUUGUACGUGAUCGUCUUGGUUGGGAAGUUGAUUUUAAUGAUUUUAAAAUGCCAUUUAUGACAAAUGUUAGUAAACGAUUAGAACAAAUGACAUUACCUGAAGUUAAAAUAUAA